UUUCAGCGGUGGGCUGUGCUUACAGGAGUGGACUAAACAAGACAGCUCUUGGUGGAAGAUUACCAGGAACACGAGUUAUUCAGUAGCUUGUUGACCCGCUCUAUAACAGUGUCCCGGCGGAUACUGUGACGACUGCGUUUCCCUGUGAUAUCAGCCAGUAACAUGUCCAUGUUCAGCACGGGCAUCCUUGUGCUGACGUCUCCUCUCCACACCCUCCCCUUACGCAUCGCUCCAGUGCUCAGCUCAGCUGCUCAGCUCGUGGAGCGCACACUGUACGUCCACCUCCACCCCGGGCUGAACCUGGGAAGUGGGAGCCAGCCUCGACCUGUUUUCAUUCCACCAGUAGUGGACCUGUCUACGGUCAUUUCCCGCCUUUACAGCAACGCAGCUGACGUAUGCGGGCACCUGGAUGUCCGUGUUUUGCUGACCAAUGUUCGUUCUCAGUCAGCUGCCGGCAGCGGGACUGCGAUCCCAAACUGCCCCUUCCCUACACCACAAUCUCUGUCUCACUGCCCGGAGGUGGUGCUGACAGACUUUCCUCUGCAGGACCCAGGUCAGUCCCAUCAGGUUAAGCAGUGUCUGCAGAGGUACACAGGCCACUGCUACGUAUGUAGCCCCAGCUUGCCCUCCGAGCUGCUUCACCCACAGAUGAUGAGGAUGCAGGAGAUGGAGGAAGGGCUGAAAGAGCCUGAAGAGCAGGCAGAACCCUUGCAGUCCUACAGUGACGUGGUGGUAGGGGGGACAUUCGACCGGCUCCAUGGGGCCCACAGGACGCUGCUCAACAUCUCGUGCCUGCUAGCCAACAGGAGGUUCCUUAUUGGUGUGUGCGAUCAAGCAAUGCUGAAAAAUAAAAUGCUAAAGGAGCUGGUUGAGCCCUACUCUCUGCGGACCCAGAGACUACAGGAGUUCCUGCGAGACGUCAAACCCUCGCUGCAGGUGGAGAUCGUGCCCCUUGAUGACCCCUAUGGAGUUUCUGUGGUUGACCCCUUGCUGCAGUGCAUUGUGGUCAGCGAGGAGACCAGAAGGGGAGGCGAGGCUGUCAACAAGAAACGCAUUGAGAACGGCCUUCCUCCUCUCAUCCUCCACGAGAUCCAGUUGCUUAAAGAUGCCCACCACACUGAGACAGAGGAGGAGAAGAUCAGCUCCUCCAGUCUACGCUCUCGUCUGCUGGGCACCCUUCUUACCCCACCUAAAAACACAUCCCAUCUCGCUCCACUCCCGUACGUGAUUGGCCUGACAGGAGGCAGCGGCAGUGGGAAGAGCUCCAUCGCCAGGCAGCUGGAGGCUUUGGGUGCCGUCCGGAUCGACUGCGACAAGCUGGGCCAUGAGGUGUACCAGCCCGGCACUGCAGCCCAUCACAGGGUGCUCGAAGAGUUCGGGUCAGAUCUUCUGAACGAAGAUAAAACCAUCAACAGACGUGCAUUAGGAAGAAAGGUUUUUGGAAACCAGGAGCGGUUAAAAGCCCUAACAGACAUUGUAUGGCCUGAGAUCGCACUUCUGGUGAAGAGCAGAAUCAGCCAAGCCAGAGAGGAAGGUAAGCAGGUUUGCGUGUUGGAUGCGGCCGUUCUUCAGGAGGCCGGCUGGACAGACAUGGUCCACGAGGUCUGGGUAACAGUCAUCCCUGAGGAGGAGGCGGUGUUACGGAUAUCGGAGCGAGACGGUUUGACCGCAGAAGAUGCCCUGCGUCGGCUGCGGAGCCAGUGGUCCAACAGCCAGCAAUUAGCGCACGCCAACGUAGUGCUCAGCACGCUGUGGGAGCCAGAGGUCACUCGGAAACAGGUACUGAAAGCGUGGAAUCUCCUUCAGAAGAGAAUACAACAGAGGCAAGAAGGACACGUGUUGGUCACUACAUCAUCUCAGCAGUGACCUGUGCGUCCAGAACGAGCAUGUAUCAAGACUGGGGACGUGUGUGUGUGUGUGUGUGUGUGUGUGUGCACACAAAUGACUGAUCCAUUAAAGGAAAUGCUGCCUUAGAAAGAAGUGAGCGGUUUCUGUGCCAGUGCAGCCCAACAAGCUCUCUCACUUCUUUGACCAAAACUCAGUGCCUAAUUGAGUUUCCACAAGUUUUUAAACUAGUUAUAUUUUUAAGAUGCUGAAAGAAUGGAUGGCUGAGGAACUUUGUAAAUUUUCCCAAACAAAAUGAUUUUGGAAUGCUGGAAUUCAUGUUUGGGAUAAAUAAAAUGUAAUCAAAUCAUAAGAAUUGAAGAUGUUUUCAUCCAGAGAUUUGUUUGUGAAUGGCAUUCCUUUAAAUAGGUACUGUUGCUUAAACGAUAUGCCCAACAUUCAGCGAGAUCAUUUCACGUCUAAUAUUGUGGGUAGCCAGUCAGCUGAUGACACUUGACAAGUUCUGUCCUCUUUUCUUUUUGUCCUCUACGUUUAACUAACAUGAAUGUACCCUAAAAAGCAACUAAUGGUGAGAGGAAAAGGAAGGUACCAUAUUGAAAGAUUGCACUAGUUACCGCUGUUAAAACCAUAAUUAAAUGUUGUGUUCCUCUUUACGGUUGGGAGAAUAUGUUAACAAACUUUAUCAUUAUCUUAUGAGGAAUUAUAAAUCAUCAAACAACCUACAUUAUAUUUAUAUUAUGUGCAAUAGAUAAGGAUAUUUUGUAAUAUUAUAAGUGUAGUUGACACAUUCAAAUACACUAGGCACUGAAAAAUAUUAACUUAGUCAAACUGUACAUUGACUAAUAAAGGAAAAUGCAUCCAAGACGUGAAUCAAGCUGACGUGAAAAAUAUUUAAUAUCUUUGAGACUUUAAUCUAUAAAGGAAAUCUGUUUAAAAUCUUGAAUUGAAAUCUAAGAACGAGCUCACCUGAAUAUUCAAAUAUACACGUCUGACAUACCUGAAAAAGCCAUAAGGUACAGCAAAGUGAAAACUAAAAUCAUGAUGCGUUUAGCUCGUGGUAAAUUUCAUGUCCUAUCCUACAUUGAAAUUAUUAACCAAUGUUUACACAAUGAGAAAAAUAUACUACUUCUUUGCCUUACCCAUACUUUCAUAUUAUAAGGAUCGUCCAGUGAAGUGACAUUUGGUCAUACAGUUGGUGAGAACUUUCAAGCAUCUUUGAUUUCACUGUCUUGCAUGUCAUCUGGAAAUUCAGUGGAAUUAUCAAAUAAAAUGGCGUAACAUUAAAUGAAAUGAGUGAUCUCUGCUUUUUCUUAUGCAUUUAAUUUUUGCUAUUUAUUUUCAGUUAAUG